GGGGGAGGGCCCGGGGAGGGAGGGCCCGGGCUGCCCUGCAGACGCGGCGCGGGCACUGGCUUUGUUAGAGGAGGGGCGGACGGCAGUGACUGACUGACUGACCGUGAACCUGGGCCCUGGUGAGCGCCGCUCGGGUUAUUAUUAUUUAAGGUGAUCAUUGGGGCCUGAAAUGUUGGUGAAGACAAUUCCCUCCUGAAAGCCCCCCCGCAGCCCCGAGCUGUGAGUCCGGGGCAGGAGACAGAGCAUCAAUUGGAUUGCUAACCCACUGUGGUGGUGCAUUUGGAAUUUAAGAAGCCCUGGGCAUUUAAGAGCUAAGAAGCACUACACCACAAUUUAUUUCUCAUUGGAAAAUGGCAGAAGACCCACAGAGAAACUUCCGUUCCCACUAUUAUGAAAAGGUUGGGUUUCGUGGCGUUGAAGAGAAGAAAUCCCUGGAGAUUCUGCUGAAGGACGAUCCAUUGGAUGUUGAGAAGUUGUGCACUUUUGCUCAGCGUUUUCCUCUUCCCUCCAUGUACCGUGCUCUUGUGUGGAAAGUAUUGCUCGGCAUUCUUCCUCCUCACUAUGAAUCCCACUCUGUUGUGAUGGGGUUUCGGGAAGAGCAGUACCAAGACUUGCUGCAAGCAUUGCAAGUUAUUCGCUUUAUUCGUGAUUCCACCCAACAGAUUUGGAUUUACCUCCGAAUGUUCCAGUUAGAGUCGGGAAUUCUACCGCGACGCCCAACCCAGCUGGAACCGGAGGAUAAAGUGUUUAUUGCUAUAGCAGAAGCAAUGGAAGAGAUGGUGGAAAAUGAUGUUGAUGCCUAUUGGCUGGUCAAGUGCUUUGUAAACCAAUUCAACACCAAAUAUGGAGAUUCGGUGCCUCACUUGCCCAAGAGUCUUGAACAUUAUCUGAACCUGGAAGACAGCAAACUUCACACCCACUUGAAGAAAUGCUCUGCCAUGAAUAAACUCCCUUAUGACUUGUGGUUUAGGUGUUGCUUUGCAGGUUGUUUACCUGAAUCCAGUCUUCAGAGGAUGUCAAAAGGGUGUUGGCUGGUGCUCGGAUUGCUAUCAGUAAAUGGACGACAAUGGGUUGGCAAGAGACGGAGAACUUCUUUAUCCCCUGCAAAGCUGGAGAACUUUGAAGAGUCUUUAGCUGAUAUCGUAACUCAGCAUAAUACAGGUCACCAUUAUGAGAACACUUGUAACUACAAGCAAGGAGAUUUGGUUACUUGGAAGAUACAUUACAGGUCUGGCACUUUACGAGAAAAAUUCCACAAACCCAGUAAAAUUGUGGAAUUCCUAAAACGAUAAAAAUCCUCACUUCCAGUGGUAAACAAAUAACAGUUUUGGUUGACCAGGUCAAAUGAGUACAAGUUUAUCAAACCAUUCGAGUGUUGGGGAAAUAAUGGCGUGCGAGCCAACCCCUUUCUCCGGGUUCAGAUAUUGAGGGAUGCGAGAAUGCAGGAGCCAUUCAAAAACUGGACUGUAUAAACACCUGGAGGUGACAAGUUAAAUGCAGUUGUCAAAUGUUCAAUGGGAUCAUCUGGAAAGGGUAUUCUAAAUUCUGGGAUUGACCUAAUGAUUAUCAUCAAAAUUGAGUUAUAAUGAGUGGCUCUGUUAUACAUGUGUUUUAUAGUAAUAACUGGCAUAAAUCUCAGAACAAGAUACUGUGUGUAAGUUUCUGUCUUCUAGUUGACUUGAAGUGCAUGCGGUUUACAGAGAGAGAACAGCAGCAGGCAUCUGGAGAGCGAUACGACAGAACAGAAAGUUUUGUGACAGACACUUUGUUGGACUUUUGAGUUCUUUCCUCCUACAGAUUGAUAACCAAGAUAUUAUUUUCCGAACAUAUUAAUUAUCGAGAGGGGGGAAAUGUCAUGGUUAUCCUAUUCUUGCAGUCCGUAGUAAUGAGUAAAUAAUAUAUAUAUAUAUUGAAUAACUAUAAUUAAGGGAAAUGGGUAGGCCUUAGCAAACAGCAUACAUGAGGUACCCGAGUUGCAACAAUGGAAAGGACCUGGGCUGUUUGAUUGACAGUCAGUUAACAAGCAGCCCGCAGGGUAAAAGAACACAUGGACGCUGGCGCGGAAAAAAGUCCUCGCAUUCGCAUCAUAUGGUGGGCGGAACCAAACGCCCACAAAAAGCAUUGCUCGACUCUUCUCGUGGUCGCUAGUUAAUGGUCAUCAUCCGGUAUGUACUGACGUGUACAGGACUACUGUACUGUCGGGUUGGUUUAAAUUAUUGUACUAAUGUAGUGUUGUGCUGCAAGUUGAUAUAGCUAUGUGUGAUAGUUAUGUUUGAUCUCAUUGUUGUUUAUCUUAAAUUCUUGUAUUCCUUACAUGCAAGGUAGCCCAGGGUUGCUAGGUCUUAAUAAAGAGCUGUUGUUUUUA